AUGCAGACCAUCGGAGACCAAACGUUCGUGAACCCGCGGGACACGCGCCUCGCAUUCGCCGACAUUAUCGGGGAGGAGAGUCUCAGCGGCAAGUUGAUCAGUGCUGGACCCGUCCUAGAGCGCCUCGACAUCUUCGGAGCUGCUGUCGCUGAAAAUGUGGCGUGCAAGGGUAUCGCGACGAUUUCGGUCGAUCGGGUGGAUUUCAAGAGCCAAAUUGCUCACGGAGACCUCGUGCGGCUGGAAGGCGAAGUAAUUUACACGGGGCGCUCGUCCUUGGCCGUCCAGAUCACCGGAUACCGUCACGAUAUCGAGGCGGGCAAGUUCAUCCACACGCUGAGCGCCAUCAUGACGUGUGUGGCGCUGGACGAGAACAUGCGCCCCAGUCCGGGGCUGCCCAAAUUGAUGGACCCGCUGGACCCGGAGUAUGUGCGGAAACACGAGGAGAUCGCCGACCAGCGCAAGGAACUGGCGGCUCGCUGGCGCGCUGUGCAGGAGGAGGUGGACCGGUUGCCGCACGUGUCGGUGGACAUGCUCAAGACGUACGACUACGGCCGGUCGCUGGAGGUCCCGAUCCCGGACACGCUGAUCGAGGUGCAGAACUCGUUCCUGCCCAAGCACCUCAACCGCAACAACACCAUCUUCGGCGGGGAGGUGCUCACGUGGAUGGACAAGGUGGCGCUCUACUGCGCGCGCAACUUCACCAAGAACCAGAAUAUGGUCACGGUCUCCAUGAACCGCAUCUUCUUCAAGCUGCCGAUCACCAUGGACGACAUCGUCACCAUGCACGCGCGGGUCAGCAGCGCUCGCCGCCACCACUUGGAAGUCGAAGUCGAGGUGUUCGUCGGCCGCAUCGGCUCCAAGGAGCGCCGCAAGUCGCACACAGGCUACUUCACGGUCGCGAACCUGGAUCGGUCGUACCGCAUGAAGCAGAUAUCCACGGGCCUGAAGGUGGACGAGAGCGACCAGGAGAGCAUGCGCACGCUGCUCAAGGCCCAGCACCGCUGGCUGUUCGACGACGAGGAGCGCAAGCUGCUGACGCUGGAGCCGCUGUCGCUUUCAACGCCAAACUCCACCAACUUCCGCUUCACGCCGUGA